UCAGGGAUUUUUCUAAAGAAUCGUCUCUCUCAUAUUCCCUAUCUUAUUGAAUCCGGGAAAUCAGCGCACAAUCUCCCUAAGUUUUGUUCCGUUUCCUUUUUUGAAGAUGUUAGGCCUGAUCAAUUACUUCUCUGAUCUGUAGCGUUUUGAUCUGAACAAAAGGUGUUUGUUCUCAUCGGAUCCGCCAUCUUUUCCGGCAAAACAAAGAAGUUAAACAUAGAUCCACCAUGCUUCACUUCCGAUUAUGCAAGAUUUGAGGAUGAAGCUAAGAACAUGCAUACAAAGAUGAAGCUAAACAAUUUACAAAUCCAAGUAAAUAAGAAGGCUAUGCAACUGUUCAAGAUCAUGAUGCAUACAAAAAUGGAGUGGAUGCAUUAAUAACCUGAAGACUUAGAAAACACUGAUGUUUAAUUUAGUGAAGUGAAAAGUAUUACAUGUAUUCUCAAAAUUUUGUGAUAGAUUUUUAUUGUACUUGUUAGUUCCAAGAGUUGGGAGAUUUAUUUUGUUAAUGUUGGAAAUAAUUUUUUACAGGGUUCCAAAAGAGAAAGAAAAUGAAAGUUGGAUUUUUUUAGGAGAGAGCUGAGACGGGGAAGAGAAAUAUGUACACCUCUCAAAUUCCAAAAGAGUCCAAUCAUGGGGAAAAAAAAGGGGGAGAAGAGUUACUUGAGGCCAUGUGUCUGGUGAUCAUGGCAUGGUUUCUUUCUUUUGUUUUGGAACUGGGAGCUUUGGACUUGCUUAGGGUUUCCUUGCCAACUGAAGGAGGUGGCAAAGGUGGGAACUCCUCUAUAGCAAACCGUGUGGAUAGCCAGAACCCUUCCAUUCACUCUUACGGUUCUGGUGGCCGGUCUCCAACCUUUGGUUCCUCUUCCUCUUCUUCCUCCGACUCUGAGCACCCGGCUACUUCUCCACAGAAGAAGCCGGUUGAUGCUUCCACUUGUGCCCCUUCUUCUUCCGUGGCGCAAGUGGUCUCGGUUGCCCAGCCCGGGGACGAGGGCUUCAUUCAGCUAGACGACCGGUUGCUCCAAGAGCAACCGUUGUAUAUGCAGAAGCCCCAAGUCCACGAGCUGCGUAAUCUGAUGCCUGAUGGGUACCAAUUAACUUACCGGGCAACGUGGAAAAGCAUUAUCCCUCUCCACGUCGGUACGUCGAUUGGUAUCCAUUACCAUUCUAUCAAGGACUUGGGUGAAUUCUCUAUUCACCCAUUCAAAGUCCUUUUUCUUGAGACGUACGGGAUCAUGCCCGGGCAAUUGGCCCCUAAUGGUCACCGUUUGUUGGGCAGUUUCAUCAAUGAAGCCACCCUCUGGGCCGGGGACGCCUCCACCCGCGGUUUGUACCACGUCGGGAAGUGGAGCGUCUACCCCGGCCGGGAGACUGACCCCGAACCGGAGAUUGUUCUACCUGGGGCGAUCCCCGAAGCCAUCCCCAUCCGCCAGGCGGGGGGACCCAAAGCCCCAGCCGCCGCCACUGCCGGUCCUUCACGCCCGGCGAGAAAGAAGAAGGAGAAAGUGGUGAAGUUCCAGUCCAAGUUUGCCAUUCCACAGAUAGUGGUUGAGGAGCCCUCCACUGCUCAGUCACUCAAUGCCUCCUCCAGUCAGCCGUUCUUGCUGGACGAGCAACCGGCCCAGUCCCAUCAGGGGACCAACCAGCCCAUUCACUCGGGGGAGAUCUACUUCAACGUCGGCCGGAUCGGGGAGGAGUACUUCGCCCGGCUGGUGAAGUCAAUGGAUGAGGAGAAGGCCCGGAUGGAGGCCAUGAUGGUCGAAUGCCGGAAGGAAGCCCAGGCUGCCCGGGCCAAGGCAGAUAAGAUUGAGGCCAAAUGGACAGAGCACUGGGUGAUUUACCGCCAGCUCUACGCCAAACACGAUGGAUUGCUAAAGGCUGCUAAAGAGGCCGACGAGAUUGGGACCUACGGGUUUGAAAGCGGCCAGUACUCUGAGCGGAAGGCCCUCUAUGGCAUCCUUGAGCAGAGGAUCCAAGGCUUUCAACCCAAGGCCCUUUCACUGCCCGAGCUGCAUGACGAGGUGCCGGUCCCCCCAUUCCCGGGCAUCUGAUCCAUCUGGCCGGGCUUCUCUUUCCUCCUUUUUUUUAUGAUAUGCCUCCGGGCACUUUUGUAAGACAUUUUAAUAUUAAUACAAGUAUUUUCAACACCGUGUGCUGAGUACUUUAUUCCCUGUAUUUAUAAAUUCUUUGACUUAAUAUCUUUAACCGUUUAGAGUAGUAAAUAACUGCCCGGCUGUAUUUACCCGGCUUAGAAUACAGUUUUACCCAUGUC